CCCGCGUGCCGCCUCCUCCCUCCGCCAUCUCCUCUACGCGGCGGCGCCGGAUCCUCUCCUCUCCUUGCGCGGCGUCCCCCAUCUCCGUCGUAACCUGCGGGCUCGGUAAAAGGGAAGACGAAGAUCUUCUCUUGAAAUUUGGAGACUCCGGACGACAAGAUGCACCUCCUUGCAUCAUUUCAUGGCCCACAGGUUUUAAGUCUUUAUCUGAUCUGUUGGGAUGGAUUCCAAGAAGUUCCUCCAGCUGCUCGAAGAGAAGAAGAAGAGAAUCCUUGAGAAAAAAGAAGCCCCACUGAAAUGGGAACAAAAGCUGGAAGCAGCAGCGAAAGCAAAGGCUGAUGCAGAAGCAAAGGAAAAGAAGCUUAAGUCAAGAAAGCACAAAAGAAGAGAUCAUUCUUUGUCAGACUCCGAAAGUGACUACAGUGAUGUCGAUCGGAAGCAUAGGAAGAGGAAAGACCGCAAAAGACACAGGAAACAUGGUCAUUCUGACUCUGAUGAGGCCAAGAGGCGCAAGCGCAGAUCAAAGAGGAUGAGCUCAGGCUCAAGUGAGGAUAGUGAUAGUGAUGAAUAUGAUAGUGAAUCUGAAGAAAGUCGAAGGAAGAGGCGCUCACACAGGAGAAGACAUCACCGACAUUCAUCUAGGUCUGACUCUGAUGCUUCAGACUAUAGCAGUGAUGAUGAAGAGAGGAGAUCUACCAAGAAGGACCAUUCCAUGAGACGCAAGCGCCACCACCACCGAUCAUCUGGUGAUGAGGAUGCACCAUCAGAUUCCAACAACCAUAAGCACCGCAGGAGUCGCUCACUGGAGGAGUCAUCAGAUGAUGGAGCUGCUGGUGAGUAUGACAAGGCAAGAAAUGGUAAAAGCUCUCACAAGAGUGGACACCGUCACCGGCACCACCAUCACCAUCAUGAUCGCCGUGGCAACUCUUCUGAACCUAAUGACAAGAAACGGCAUGAUGGCCACAAAACACUUGAAGAUGGCAACGCUGAUUGAAGUCCAGUACACCAGUGCCACUGGUUGAAUUGGUUUUGGGGGCGCAGAAAGAAAAAUAAGUCUUACGCAAUGCCACUGUUUUUAAUCUUAAGUGUUGCUGACGCUGUACUGAUACAUUUUGGCCGAUUAGGUGAUCAUGACAUUUAUUGGCUUCGUCGUUUCUUUUCACAUAUGAGACUAUGUUGGCUAAUGUGAGUUAUAUUGACUGCUUAAAAUGAGAACAAAGAUGCCUUCUCUGCUUAGUAUUGCUUCAAUCGUUUAAUGUUUUUGCAUUGUGAUGCUGAAUUGUUUGGAAAUCAAAAACCGAGACGACGUU